AGCCUAGGCCACCGGCAGCGGAAGUGGAGGCGCAGCCGGAAGUAACCGGAUUCUCCGCGAGCCGGUCCUUGACAGGAUCCUGAGGUGCAGAAAGGAGGCGGUGGCCAUGGAGUUGGGCGAGCUACUCUACAACAAGUCGGAGUACAUCGAGACGGCAUCUGGGAAUAAAGUUAGUCGCCAGUCAGUGUUGUGUGGAAGCCAGAACAUUGUUCUCAAUGGCAAGACCAUUGUAAUGAAUGAUUGUAUAAUCCGAGGGGAUCUGGCCAAUGUAAGAGUUGGACGCCACUGUGUUGUGAAAAGUCGUAGUGUUAUAAGACCACCAUUCAAGAAAUUCAGCAAAGGCGUUGCAUUCUUUCCUUUACAUAUUGGGGACCAUGUUUUUAUUGAGGAAGACUGCGUGGUCAACGCCGCUCAGAUUGGUUCUUACGUUCACGUUGGCAAGAACUGUGUGAUUGGGCGCCGAUGUGUGCUGAAGGAUUGCUGCAAAAUCCUUGACAAUACAGUGUUACCUCCAGAAACUGUGGUUCCACCAUUCACUGUCUUCUCAGGCUGCCCAGGACUCUUCUCAGGGGAGCUCCCGGAGUGUACUCAGGAGUUGAUGAUCGACGUCACCAAGAGCUACUACCAGAAGUUUUUGCCUUUGACACAAGUCUAGUGACUCUGCCUCAAGCCUUGAAAUUGCUUGAGCUCUGAGAUGAACUUGGGGACAAAGUGAGUGGUCGGCAUCUAAAAGAGCUCUUGUAUCUUUGCAACUUCCACCCUCUUUUCCUUUUUAAUUUAGAGUUUUUCAAUUGUUCAAGGCUCUAAGCUUUUAAGAAUUUAUUAAGAGAAUGUCUGGAGGAGUUGUCUUCAUGUGCUGCUUCUAUCUUAUCUAUUAGCAGUCAUACUGUACCAUUAUCUGUCCCCAGCACCCCAGUCCCUGGUCCUGAUGGCUGGAGCCUGCCUAAAAUGGGCCUGCAGAGCAGCAGUCCUUGCCCAGCAGGGAAGUCAAGGGGCUGGUGUGCUGCUCACAGCCAUGCAGUACCCCACUGUGCACCCCUCCUGCAGAGAGCCUUCAGCUUGCCUGCUGCUGCUGCUGUGUUUGGCCAGUGGCUACAUUUGCAACAAAUUACAAUUGUUUAUGGUAUUUGGGAAAAUUCUUUAUGGCUUGAGAGUCCAAAUUCCUAUGGCUACUAAACCGGAAGGGAAGGUAGUGUUUUUCAUCUUCUCCAAAUGACCUUAUCUGUCCCAAGGUUAAUAAGAGAUUUUUUCUUUUUUUUUUUUUGGUACCGGGGAUCGAACUCAGGACCUUGCACUUGUAAGGCAG